UCAUCUAUCGCUGCAAUGGCGGCUGGAGAAGGAAACUGUUUUAUUGGCUGUAAUACAGAAUCCAGUUAUUUGCAUAGAGCCCGUCGCUUCAUUUCAAGCAGAGACAUUUGCGAUGUUGCCAAAGAAAGUUGUGGUUUAGGAGGUGAGUUCAGGAGGGAUUCAUCUGAAAAGUAUCAGCAGGAUUUACCUGGUGAUACAUCGCCACCUGGCGCCACCAGAACUGAAGGAAGCUUCUGUUCUUCACUGAUCUGCAGAUGUUGUGGCGAUGGCGGCCCCGCCCCCCCAGCGGUUCCCCACUGUGGACGUCCCUGACCACGCCCAUUACACCAUCGGCUCCGUCAUCCUGGCCAUCGGCAUCACGGGGGUGGUCGGGAACUUCCUGGUGAUCUACGCCUUCAGCAGGAGCCGCAGCCUGCGGACGCCGGCCAACAUGUUCAUCAUCAACCUGGCCGUCACCGACCUGCUGAUGUGCCUCACCCAGUCGCCCGUCUUCUUCACCACCAGCAUGAACAGGAGGUGGAUCUUUGGAGAGAAAGGCUGUGAGCUCUACGCCUUCUGCGGCGCCCUCUUUGGGAUCUGCUCCAUGAUCACGCUGAUGGUGAUCGCCAUUGACCGUUACUUCGUCAUCACGCGCCCUCUGACCUCCAUCGGGAUGUUGUCACGGAAACGGGCGCUCCUCAUCCUGCUGGCGGUGUGGGCGUAUUCGCUGGCCUGGAGCCUGCCGCCGUUCUUCGGCUGGAGUGCCUACGUACCUGAAGGUCUCCUCACUUCCUGUACCUGGGACUACAUGACCUUUACCCCCUCGGUGCGGGCCUACACCAUGCUGCUCUUCAUCUUCGUCUUCUUCCUGCCGCUCUUCAUCAUCAUCUACUGCUACGUCUUCAUCUUCAGAGCCAUCCGCUCCACCAACAGGGCGGUGGGGAAGCUCAGCAGCUCUCGGGACGCAGUGAAGAGUUUCCACCGACUGCAGAACGAGUGGAAGAUGGCGAAGAUCGCUCUGAUCGUCAUCCUGCUGUACGUCGUGUCCUGGUCGCCGUACUCCGCCGUCGCCCUCACUGCCUUCGCAGGGUACGCGGACAUGUUGACCCCCUACAUGAACUCCGUCCCCGCCGUCAUCGCCAAGGCCUCCGCCAUCCACAACCCCAUCAUCUACGCCAUCACACACCCAAAGUACAGGCUGGCUCUGGCCAAGUACAUCCCGUGUCUGGGCGCGUUGCUGUGCGUCCGUCUGCGUGACCUUCGCUCCUCCAGCAGCAGCUUCCAGUCGACGCGCCGCUCCACUGUCACCAGCCAGAGCUCCGACAUCAGCAGCCAAUACCGGCACGGCGCCGCCAAGGCCCGCCUCUCCUCGGCCUCCGACAGCGAAUCGGGUCUGACGGACACAGAGGCCGACCUGUCCAGUCUGGGCUCACGGCCGGCGAGCCGCCAGGUUUCCUGUGACAUCAGCAGAGACACCGCCGAGCCGCCAGGCGGAAAACAGUCGACCAGCUUCAAGGCCAAGCUGAGGAACCACGACUCAGGAAUCUUUGAAAAGACAUCGUUUGACACCAUGUCCAUGGGAGGAGUCAGUGAACGCAGCAGCGUCCCAAAUAGCGGGGACGCCUCAGAGGGACACCUGAUGAGGGGACAGAUCGGCCGGAUCCCCAGCAUCGUCGUCACCUCAGAGACCAGCCCCUUCCUGUCCAUCGGCCGGAGCGGGUCGCGGACGUCCCGGCCCAAAGCCUCCAGCUGCAUCCUGGGGGCGGGGCCGGGGUAGAGCCCCGCCCACUGGUCAUGUGACCGGCUCAGAUCCCGGCAGAUGAAACCAGAGUUUAUAAAUUACUCAAGUUCAAAGUUAAUUUAAUGCAACAGAGAUCUGUCGACCUUCAUGAAGGCUGAGGGAAAAACUAAACUGAAUAAUAUCUGACAGUCAUUUUGAUUCCAGUAAAAAUGGAAAAAAAUCAUAAAAUAAGAUCAUGUUGUAUCUGUUUUAACCAAAGAUCUGAUUCCAGCUUUUAAAGUUUUUGUGAUGUGAAAGUAAUAAAACUGAACAAACUGCAGUGGUGGGUGCUAAUCUGCUAAUCUGCUAAUCUGCUAAUCUGCUAACCAACCAGUAGCUGAGCUAAUGUUUUGUUUAGCGCUUUAAUGUUAGCUUCCACUAGAUACUGUAUUGUAAUUGAACUUUAGCAUUAAUGGAACUAAUAUAAAUGUUGGUGCGUUAGCAUUAGCAAAGCUAACCUGUUAGCUAGCGGUGCCCACCACUGCUGAGCUGUCAUUGAAAACAGACCAAAUUAAUCAAGUUCAUCUUUAAACAAUUUAUUCCAGAUUCAGACAGAAACAUGUCGGGACAGAAUCCGGAUCGGGUUUAACUGAGACGGUGAGGGAGCAGAACCGGCUGGACGGUUCUGAUCAGAUUUAUCUGCCAAUGUGAUCAGAAAACUUCUGCACACCUGUACAGAUGUCCUCAGCUCUGAUUGGUUGGUUCCGACUGAACCACUCCUAGCUGACCCCAAAGAGACCCGGUCCAGUCGGGUUCUGAUGGUUUGUUCCCCUGAGGGGAGGAAACCAGAUGUUCAUGUUUGUGUAUUUAUGGGAUGUUUUUCCUGUUUCAGUUUUUAUUGUUCUGAAUGUUUAGAUGUUCUCUGGUUCUGGAACCCAAAGCCGGUCCAGCUGAACCGGAACAGAACCCUGUCCUGCAGCUGAUUGGUUCCAGACAACAUGAUGUCACUGUGAGGUUUGAGCUCCAGGUGAACAACCAUGUGACCCUGUUUGGGUCGGGAUGUUCCGGUCCAGCGGAGCUGGAAUGUUCUGCUCUUUGUUUUCUGGACGGUUUUUGUUUGGUCAGUAAAACUGGACCAGAACCUCCGCCUGAACCCGGGUGCUAGAACAGAACCUUCAGUCCAGAACCUUUGAGUGGUUCUGUCACUUUAUUUUCUCCCAUCCUGCAGUGUAAAUAUUAAUGUUUGUGAUCCUGAAGCUGUAAAUGUUCUGAGUAUUUAUGCUGACCCGUGUUGACCCGGUUUAUUUUUCUAAGUAAAGAUCCGUUGUCCAGCCCAGCCGCUCCGUCUGGUUCUGUUUUAGAAAUAUCAGUAAUGCUCUGCAGCUCAGAUUAUAAUCUGAGAAAAAGAAUCAAAUUAAGAAUCGGUACCAGGAACGUUUCCAGUCUGGUUCUGGUUCUCCAGAACUCGUCUGUUCGGUGUCGAUAUAAACUGGAGCUGAAGGCCGAGCGUCUCCGUUUCCAUGGAGACGAUGGAUCCGACCAGGAAAUGAAGUUCAGUUAGUUCACAAACAUCCGAAUAGAAACUCAUGAUUCCCACUGAAAUGAAAUCCAAACUGAAUAUUUAAGGUCUGACGACUUUGCAUAAAAGAAUCAAAAAUAAAUAAAAUGUAUUUCAGAACUCUUUAUUGUACUUAUUCAAAUAAGCAAUUUAUUGAUGGAUGAAAAACAGAGUGAAGAGUUUUAAUGAAUUAAUGACAUUUCAGUAAUUUCAUCUAUCUAAAGUGCUGCUUGAAAGUUUGUGAACCAUCAUUGUUUUCUAAAGAAAAAUAAUCGUGAAAUGAAAUUCCAUAUCUCAAAUUGUAAACAGACUUUCCAAAUAAAGGAAACAAAGAAAAAAGAUACUCGUUUUUAUUAUUUAUUCAGCAAAAGUAUUUUAUCUGUCAAAAAACAGCAAAUCUGCCAAGUGCUAAAGUGUGUGAACUCUUCCAGUUAAACCUUGUGGCAGCUCCUUUAGCAGCCGUUACUUUAACUAGACGUCUUCUGUAACCACAGAGUGUCUCAUCUGAUUUUUGUCCAGUUGAGUGAGGUUGGAGGGACAUCUGGCAUGUACUGCCUGUUUCAGAUCUUGCCACAGCAUUUCUAUGGGAUUGAGAUCCGGACUUGGACUGGGCCAAUCCAGAGUGUGAACCUCCUUUUUCUUAAGCCAUUCUUUGGUUGUUUUGCUGGAAUACUUUGGGUCGUUGCUGCAUAAUCCAUUUCCAUCUCAGCUUCAACUGCCUGACUGCUGGCAGGAGAUUCUGGUCAAGAAUUUGUUGAUAGUCCUGAGAAUUGAUGGUUCUCUGUAUUAUAUGGAGUCGUCCAGGUCUGGAGGCAGAAAAUCAGGCCCAGACUUUCACAGUUCCACCACCAUGCUUCACUGUUGGGAGGAGGUUCUUCUCUUUAAAUGUUUACUUUUCUCUAAACAUGGCGCCUGUGAUUCAGCUUUGGACUCUUCCGUCCAGAGAAUGGACUUCCAGAAAGCCUCCGGUUUGUCCAAGUGUUCUCUGGGAAGGUUUUUUUACUUUCUUGAGAGCAGAGGUUUCCUUCUAGCAACUCUCCCAUGAAUGCCAUGUCUAUUGAUAUUUCACCUGAUUGUACAUGCAUGCAC